ACUAAAGGUUGAAUUAACAACUAAACAUAAACGGUCGUUGUGAUUCCAAAAGAAAGGAUCAGGAGAUGCUGCUGUUCUGUCCUGUCUUUGCAGUAUCCUCAAUCCCACAGCGGAAGGUUCUUCACAGCGGAGGCCAUUGGACAGGAGCUAACCCAAAUGCUUGUAUGAAAGAAAAUUUUAAUUUGUACCACAUUAUAGGCUUUUCGAGGAAUCUCAAGUUUAUUAGUCGUUCAGUUCCUAAGCAGGGGAACGCCUCGGUUGACUAUGAUGAUACGCCGUUCCCCAAUGACUACUUUGACCUUCUUAAACAAGCAAAAAAGGCAACUGAAUUGGCUUUGAAGGAUGGCAAACAGUUAAUGGAGAUUGAAUUCCCAACAGCUGGACUUCAAUCCGUACCAGGUGAUGGUGAAGGAGGAAAUGAAAUGACUGAAAGUAUGCAGUUGAUUCGUGAAUUUUGUGAUAUCUUAGUAACUCCAGAGAAAGCUACACGAACCAGAAUCUUUUUCCCAGAGGCAAAUGAAGUUAAAUUUGCCAGACAAGUGUUUGAAGGAGCUUCUUUCAAAUUGGACUAUCUAACAAAGCCAUCAUUCUUUGAGGAUUUUGGUUUUGGUGAGAAGGUGAAAAUGGCAGACCGGGUAAAGCCUGAUGAUGAACUGUUCCUAGUUGGCUAUCCAUAUUUUAACGUCAAUGAAAUGAUUGUAGUGGAAGAGCUUUACAAGGAAGCCGUAAUGAAUACCACCAGAAAACUUAUUAUAUUCAAUGGAGAACUUGACCGUAUCAGAUCUGGGUAUUAUCCACCUUUCUUCUACCCUAAGCUGGCAGCACUUACCAAAACCCUCCUGCCCAUGAUGGAGACCGUAUAUUACAUACAUAACUUUAAGGGACGCAAUGGAGGAACCCUUUUCAGGUGCUAUCCAGGUCCUUGGAGAAUCCUUAGAAACGUGGGGGACAAAUUUUUGUGUGUGCAUCAGCGGGAAACAAUGCCAUCCCUUAAGGAAGUUGCCUUAGAUAUUCUCCCUGCUGCUUGAGGAUUCCAUACAGACCGA